AUGUUCGCUGCUCGUCGUGCUGCCUCCACCACCCUCGCCCGUGGCUUCUCCACCUCGGCCGCCGCCCCCUUCAAGUGCGCCGUCCUCGGUGCCGCCGGUGGUAUCGGUCAGCCCCUGUCCCUCCUCCUCAAGGGCAACCCCCUUGUCACCAAGUUGUCCUCACACCUUUCACCACCUUCCCCCUUCUCUCCCACUCGCUUCUACACCGUCUCUCCUUACGUUCUUGCUAACGUAGAACAGCUUGCCUUGUAUGAUGUGCGCGGAGCCCCCGGCGUCGCUGCCGACAUCUCGCACGUCAACACCGCUUCGGAGGUCAAGGGCUACGAGCAGAACGACAUCAAGUCGGCCCUUGAGGGUGCCGACGUUGUCAUCAUCCCCGCUGGUGUCCCCCGCAAGCCCGGCAUGACCCGUGACGACCUCUUCAACACCAACGCCUCGAUCGUCCAGACCCUCGCCGAGGCCGCUGCCCAGUACGCCCCCAAGGCCCUCAUUGGCAUCAUCUCGAACCCCGUCAACUCGACCGUCCCCAUCUUCGCCGAGGUCUACAAGAAGGCCGGUGUCUACGACCCCAAGCGCCUCUUCGGUAUCACCACCCUUGACGUUGUCCGCUCGUCGCGUUUCCUUGGUGAGAUCAAGGACAAGGACCCCAAGGACGUUGCCGUCACCGUCGUCGGUGGCCACUCGGGUGUCACCAUCAUCCCCCUCCUCUCGCAGACCGAGGCCGGCAAGGACGUCGCUGGCGAGGCCUACAAGGCCCUUGUCCACCGCAUCCAGUUCGGCGGUGACGAGGUCGUCCAGGCCAAGGCCGGUACCGGCUCGGCUACCCUCUCGAUGGGCUACGCCGGCGCUCGCUUCGCCGACGCCCUCCUCCGCGCCCUUGACGGCCAGACCAACGUUGUCGAGCCCACCUUUGUCGACUCGCCCCUCUUCAAGGACCAGGGUGUCGACUUCUUCGCCUCCAACGUCGUCCUCGGCCCCGAGGGUGUCAAGGAGAUCCUCCCCCUCGGCCCCCUUUCCGCCGCCGAGGAGGACCUCCUCAAGGCCGCCAUCCCCGAGCUCGCCAAGAACAUCAAGAAGGGUGUUGACUUUGUCAAGUCGCAGUAA